AGUCUCUCGCAAUUGAUGUGACGCAUCGUUAAUUUUCCUCGAGGACUUUUUUCAUUUCUUGGUUAUUUAUACAAGAAAGAAUUAAAAUGUCUCGUUUUUUUGCUGCUCGAUCAUCUGGAAGUGAGGAUGAAUCUAGUGAUGAAGCUCCAAUUGUUGCACAAAAAGCUACUACCACUGUGGCAUCAAGUCGUGCUCAGUUUCUGUUCAGUGACGACGAUGAUGAAGAUACAAAGAGAGUUGUGCGAAGCCAAAAAGACAAAAGAUUUGAUGAGAUCUCCAACAUUGCCAAACAAUUGAAGAAUCACAAGAAAAUAAAGGAUAUGUCAAAAAUCCUCACAGAGUUUGAAAAUUUGGGUCGUGCUUUCGUGAAGGCCAAAAAUGUUGUUGACAAAGAGGGAAUUCCAACAACUUUUAUUAAGUGUCUUGUGGAAUUAGAGAAUUUCAUUAAAGAGAACUGGGAUGAUGUUGAAGGUAGAAGGAAACUUAAUAAAUUGAAUGCUAAGGCAUUGGGCACAUUGAGACAAAAGGUGAAAAAGUACAACAAAACUUUUGAGAAUGAUAUCGAGAAAUAUCGAGAAAAUCCCCUUGAUUCUGAGGUGGAAGAAGAUGUUGAUGAUGAAUCAGGGGAUUUUGAUGAUGAAGAUGAUAAUAUUAUCAUCUCAACAAAGCCUGAGAUACAUGCUGCAAAAAUAAAGCAAGAAAAAUAUGGGGAUUCAGACAGCGAAUACGACAGUGAUGAUGACAGGUUUGGCUCAUCUAGCGGAAGUGACAGUGAUUUGGAUAUUCCACAAGGUGGAAAAGUUACAGCUGCAAUGUUUUUGAAAAAAGAAAAGGAUGAUGGCGAAGACAAGAAGGAAAAGAAAGUUAGAAAAGAACGUCAGAUAAAACCAAAAGCAAAAAUCGAUGAUGCUGAAGAGGUUGACGGAGCUGAAUGGAAAGAAGUGAAAUCAUCACAUACAUCUGAAAAACCAAAGAUGUUAUUCGCAAAAGACACUGAAAUCAACCCAUCAGUUGUUCUGAAGAAACUUCAUGAAAUACUUAAUGCUCGUGGAAAGAAAGGCACAGAUCGAACUGAGCAGAUUUCCUAUCUUAAAGAUCUGAGAGCUGUUGCAGAAAAACACAACCUAGGUGCUGCCAUGAGUGUGAAGAUAAUGUUCAACAUCAUUGCCUCGAUAUUUGACUAUAAUCCAAAUGCGGCAACAUGUAUGAAGUCGGAAAUGUGGAAAAGCUGUCUACAGUAUGUCGAUGAACUGCUGACAAUUUUGUGUGAAAGUCCAAACAUUACCGUUGGUGAGAAUAUUCUUGAAGAUGCUGAAAAUCUGGAGAAUGCAAAUGAGGAGGAAAAGUAUAAAAUACGUGGAUGUAUUUUAAUUACAAUCGAGCGAACAGAUGACGAAUUUACGAAAAUGUUGCAAGGUUGUGAUUGCCAUUCAACAGAAUAUGUGGAAAGAUUAAAAGAUGAGAUUACAAUGACGUUGCUGAUCAGUCGCGUGAUGAAAUAUCUUGAGGAUCACGAUGCAGCUCCCAGCAUGCUUUGCAGGGUUUAUUUAAGAUACAUUGAACAUAUUUAUUAUAAGCUCGACAUGGUCCGUGUAAAGGAACUUAACGAGGAGAAAUUAUUGAACCAAUCUUCAACUGACGAAAACUCUGAAGAAAUAACACUUGAAAAAGCAGCAGCAUUGACAACAUCCAAAAUGGAAAACAUGUGUAAAUUUAUCUACACAAAAGAUGACUCGAACCGCAUAAGAACUCGAGCCAUGUUGUGUCACGUGUACUUCCUUGCACUUCAUGAUAGGUGGUAUGAAGCACGUGACCUUAUGCUCAUGUCUCAUUUGCAAGAAAACAUUCAGCAUUCUGAUAUACCAACACAGAUAUUGUAUAAUCGUACGAUGGUUCAACUUGGAUUAUGUGCGUUCCGACAUGGCAUGAUUAAGGAUGCUCACAACGCUUUACAUGACGUGCAAUCUAGUGGGAAGGCAAAGGAACUGUUGGCUCAGGGAUUGAUGCAACAAAGACAAUACGAAAGAAAUCCAGAACAAGAAAAAUAGAACGUCGUCGAUUAGUGCCUUUUCAUAUGCACAUAAAUUUGGAGUUGUUGGAAUGCGUCUACCUUACUUCAGCAAUGUUACUGGAAAUACCGCAUAUGGCAGCUCGAGAAUUUGAACAUCGUCGCAAAAUGAUCAGCAAAAGCUUUCAUCAUCAACUCAAGAUGAGCGAGAGACAGCCUUUAGUAGGUCCACCAGAGAGCAUGCGUGAACAUGUUGUUGCUGCGUCAAAGGAAAUGGGCAAAGGAAAUUGGCGCGAAUGUGCUGAAUAUAUUCUUGCUGUUAAGGUGUGGAGCUUAUUUAAUCAAUCUGAUGAAGUAAGAAGCAUGUUAAAAA